UGCACCUCCUGCUUCUUCUGGGACAGCUGCACGAACGCUGCCCGCACCUCCAGCAGCUCCGCCGUCUUCUGGGACAGCUCUUUGGAAUGUGACACCCAAGAGAAGAUCAACUUUGAGGUCCGCAUGCGAGAAGGCAUCUGCAGGCUGCUGGCAGUGAGCACGCAGAGGGAGCAGCUCCUGCGCGCUGUGAAGGACCUGAUGGUCUGCAACGCUCGCAUCCGGGCCUACAGGGCACGGCUGCAGGGCCCAGAGGAGGAGCCCAGCCCGGGCAGGACUGAGGAGCAGUCUUCAGAAAAUGAGACAAAAGACCGGAUGGCGUGCAGAGCAAAGGUUGCUAUAUCAGAUAUUCGAAUACCAUUAAUGUGGAAAGGCUCUGACCACUUCAGCAAAAAAGAAAAAUCACAGCGCUACGCAGUGUUUUGUUUGUUCAGAAUGGGAGCUGAGGUUUUUGAUACUGAGGUGAUUAUUGUGGAUGAAGCAAUAACAGAUAUCUGUUUUGAAAAUGUAACCAUAUUUGAUGAAGCAAGCCCAGAUUUCCAGGUGAAGGUUGAAGUGUAUAGCUGCUGUACAGAGGAGUCUUUAUAUAUAACAAACACUCCUAAGAAACUGGCAAAGAAACUUAAAACAUCCCUCAGCAAAGCUACAGGGAAGAAACUCAAAGCUGCGCUGGAGGAAGACAGCACUGAACCCCUUGUGCCUGCUGACCCAGUCAUCCAUGGAGCAAAGUACAGUUUGCUAGCAUACACCACUUUGGGGCUGGAAAGUGCUGAGGACAAUUUCAGGACCCACAACCUUACCAUUACAGGAAAUGAGGAAUCCUCUUUUUGGCUACCUCUGUAUGGAAACAUGUGUUGCCGUUUAGUUGUCCAGCCCUCCUGCAUGGCCAGGGACAUGAUGGCAGGAUUUCUAAAUCAGCAGCAAAUUGUAGGAGGUCUAACAAGCUGGAGGAGGCUGUAUUGCGUGCUGAGAGGUGGCAAACUCCUUUGUUAUUACUCACCAGAAGAAAUUGAGGCUAAAGUGGAGCCAGCAUUGACAGUUCCCAUCAACAAGGAAACCAGGAUUCGAGCUGUGGAUAAGGACUCCAAGAGAAGAGCUAAUAACUUCUCUGUUAUCAACCCCGUGUCUGGAGAGGGUGUGACACAACGUUUUGCUACUGACAGUAGGGAUGAACUUCAUCAGUGGAUGGAGGCUUUCUGGCAGCACUUUUAUGAUCUGAGCCAGUGGAAGCAUUGUUGUGAGGAACUUAUGAAAAUUGAGAUUAUGUCACCACGGAAACCACCUUUGUUCUUGACAAAGGAAGCGACCUCCGUCUACCAUGAUAUGAGCAUUGAUUCUCCAGUGAAACAUGAGGGCUUAGCUGAUAUCAUACAUAGGAAAAUUGAAGAGAGCAAUGGUGAGUUUCUUCUUGGUCAGCAACAAGAGUCUGCAUCUGCCCUUUGGGCGUCACUCUUUGAUGGAUCUCAUGAGAUGGCUGUUCAGAAAAACAUGCAUCUGGACCCAAAAAGAGAUGCUACAAGUCCUAAUGACAGCAGAGGAAAGAAAAGAAGAGCUCCACCUCCACCCUCCGAUAGGUCACCGUGCAGUGCAGAAGCACAGGUGAACACAGAGCAGCUGGGCAAGGAAAACUGGAGGAAGCCUGACCACACACCUGCCAGUCGCUCUUCCUUAGAGCCAGGGUUAGCUACGAAAACGCAGCAGCUGCAAACCCCCAUUGCUACUCCUCGCAAAAUUGGUCCUUGUGGAAAAAGUGCUUUAGCUGGCCUGGGGAGUCCUGUUUCUCUGGUGAGCAAGACCAAGUCUGAAACCAAACCAGUACCAACCCCUAGACAUAAAGGCAUCACAGAAAUACUAGACCCCAGGUCCUGGUUGCAUCCAUAGGCAUCAUAUUUAGCUUAGAGGAGUGUUUGGAAUUUAAAGUUUCUCAGCCUUCUCCUAAUACUCUUCAUUAAAAGUAGGUUUUAGCAUUUAGCUCGAGUGUUUCCUAUAAGCCAGGGCAUUACUGCUAGCUGCAGUCUCAGCUGUAUUCAUUAGUGCUCUUAUCUAAAUAAUUGCACUAGAAUUGGUGGGUGGUUUUCUCUGUCUGGAGUAAGGUGCUAUUUCUGAAAACAAUAGUUCAGUACUUUCCUCUUGAAAAAAACACAGUGUUCAGGGUAACCUCAGCUGUCCCCACAGCAGGCAUAUUACCAGUGCCUUCUACCAGUCCCUCAGCUUAGCCCAUGCACAGCUCCUCAGACUACUUAAAUGGGAAUUCACACAUAUUCAGCACAGAUCUUGCAAAGCUGAUUUUCUUGGGCUCCAUGCUUGCUGCAUCCUCUUGCUCUUGUGCUGUUCUGAAUGGCUCUGUAACUCCAUACGAAUUUCUGAGGCAGUUCUAUCAAUUUAGUGUGGGAUUUCCCAAGUUCCUGCUGGCUCAUGUGCAAUUGGAAUGGACCAGGGUUAUCUGUAUUUGAGCAAGGAUGUGCUCCAUCACUGCUGUUUAUUUUGGGCUAAGACAGUGUUUAAAAGCAGUUGCUGGGUUUGUGCAUGUGCUCAUCUUAGGGUUGUUUUUCCUGACAAAAGUGGGUCUGUAACACAGCUCCUCCUUUGUGGAGCCUCUCAGCUGUCCCUGGUAGGGAACUGGUUUGUAAACUGGUAAGCAAACAGGGUUUUUUAACCACUUGUUCUCUCUGCCAUAGUAGAGAAUAAGCACUUCAGGUGAAGAUACUGAACUUUGAUACUCUUUCAUUAGACUGUUCACCAGCUCUGUAAGAAGUAUGGGUUGUUAGGGUCUCUGUGGCACCUAUGCAUCUACUGCAUAAGAAAAAGCUGUGUUCUCUUGUAUCCACAGCUUAAAUACCCAGCCAUUUCCUUGGUUGAUGCAUUUGUCUCAGAUGCUGGAACUUAUCCAAGGGCAAAGGUCUGCUUGCAGUUCUCCCUCUGGAGACUUGGUGCUUAGACCUGUGUUGAGAGGGUCAUUCCAGGAACUGUAUACAUACUGUUCAUUAUUUAUUAUUUUUUUCCCUAAGUGUGGAUGGCUCUGGGAACUUUACCAUUUCUCCAGAAGAUACUGUGGGCAUGGUUGGUUGGUUGAUUUAUUUUAUUUAUUUUUUUUGCCUUCAGCUAAGCUCUUGGCUCACAGUUGUAAAGGUAUCUGCUGAAUUCCCUCAGUAGUUCAUUUGGGAUGGGGUUGAGAGGCAGGUUUCAUUUACAAAUCCAUUUGCAGGAUUAGAGCCCUUUGUUCUAGAAUGUCCUUGUUCAUUCUUCAUUUAAUCACGUUCCAUUUUCCCUCUGAAACAACCAUAAUCAUUCUUACAAUAAAUCAUGCUGUUACUUAAGUGGAUGGUUUGUGAAUGGCUUAUAAAUAGGAACAGAAAAACUGAAGAAAAACUACAUGAUUAUGUAAAUCAGACAGUCAACUAAGUGGACUGUAGAACUCGGAACAAAAAAUGGGAAAAAUUGGGAGGGGGUGAAGCAUAUUUUCUAAAAUGCAGCUGCAGUUUAUUUAGCUUUAAAUCUAGCAUUAAAUGUUUCUGUGCUCAGAAAGAAGACACCUUUUCUUGGUAACUCACUUCCAUUUUGUAGAUAUAUUUUUAAAAACUCUCAUACAUUUAUAAGGAAAUAAGGCACCAUAAUGAGGAUUUAUUUUUAAAUUCAACAGACCAUUGAAUUUCAGCAAGCAGUUUCUCUGUUAAAUUCAGUGGCUUUGUUUUGAACUAAACAUACGUAUUUUAGCAAGGCAUUUAAUAUUAAUUGGAAGUCUUCAAGUGAUGAGAGUUCACUCAUACCUCUUGUUGCAAUACUUAAUUACCCCAGGUACAUUUUUCACUUGAUUUUCUAUUUGCAUUUCUAGCUGCACCUUAAGUUAUUUUGGUCUUUUUAUGCAUUUGAUUGCUUAUAUUGAUCUCUGUAGUAUCAGCUUUUCUAAUUGCCUGUGUGUAGUUAUAAAUCAUGAUUAUGUCCCUUUUAACCUUUUCUCUGAUGAGACGUACUGAAUUCCUUAACUUUCCUAUGGCAGUGAAUGCUAUCCAAGACUAAUUAAUCUUCACGUUUUUCUCUGUAUUUCUCAUGUACAGAAAUAUUUGGAAGGGUGACAUCUGAAUUAGAUGCCACAUGUCAAUAGUGAUCCAUCAGGACUGUACAGAGCCAUAAUGUGAUCCUCUUGCUCUGAUUAAUAUCUCCUUCUCUCUUUUUCCUCAAAAAUUGCUUUUUAUUUUUUUCUUUUUUUUUGUGGAAGCAUUGUCUUGGAUGCUGACUGUUAUAGGCCAAGUCCUCUUCAGAGUCUUUGUCAAGAAUGUGGUACAUCAUCCUCUUAUCAUCUUACCCUAUAUUUUCUUGGAAAUACAGGUUGUAUUUUACCAGCAUUAAAAUACUGGUCAUGAAGUGAUCCAGAUUGCUCUGUGUAAGUGACCUGUCCUCAUUCUUUACUAUUCCAGCAGUCUGCAUGUCCUUUGCAAAUUUAUUGCAAGUGAUUUUUACAGUUUAUUCCAGAUCAUUGAUUUUUAAAAUUGAAUGCAAGGUAAGGUUUGUAGAGAGAGGUGAUAAGUUUUUAUUACAUCAGUGACGUGGGUAGGGGGUGGGGAAAAGCAAACAAGGCAGACCAUUGAAGUUCUGUCCCUUUUAUCCCAGAGCCUUUAAAAUUUUCAGUAAGAUGGCAAACAGCUAUAUUUCUUGCUGAAUCCCUACUAAUACUGUAUCUUGGAAUUAUUAUUAUGAUAUUUUGAAGAAAAUUACAUGUUCAUAUUGUUUUCAGAAAGUAAUUCAGGGUUCUUGCGGGUAACACCUCAGUGCAGGUAUCUUUGCAAGCCAAGCUUAAUAUAUUGAAGAGUAAAAUGCAACCUAUUGUUCAAUAUUCUCCAUUAAGCUGUGUUGAUAUUUUAUGUCUGUCCUUAAAUUAGACUCAUGUGGGCCAGUUCAUGAUAUUGCAGUGACCACCACAAAGCAAACAAGGCCAUUAAUUAUUCUGUUAAUCUGCUUCAGAACUAUAUAAUCCCUGUUAUGAAGAAAGAGUUGAUUCAGGUAUUUAUUGUUACUUUGCCUUUCUUUCCCCUCCGCUUCUGUAUUGCCAUUAGUGCCUUUGCAUCUUCUGUGAAGCAAGCUGGUUUAACCAAUAAAACCUGCAGGCUCCCAGGAAACACAGAGCUCACUAUACAAUAAAGUCAGUGCCCCUGGAGGAACUGCUGCUCCCAGCAGUAGAGGAGAAUGUAAUGGUUCACCAUCAUAGCAGCUGCGUUCAAUGAGGAUGUUUUAAUUGCAUGACUCAAAGUAUCAGGGAUCAAAACCCAAAAGUCAUUUGGCAGCUUCCUACUGGGAGGAGGCUUGGAGGACCUGUGGCUUCUCCCAGCCAUUCUGUCCCAUUCCCCUGUGUUCAGAUUUGAGUAGGCAAGCUGGAAUGCUGUCACCUGGCAGGGAAGUCCAUUGAGAAACACUUCUCCCAGGAUGAAUGGCUCCAGUGAUCCAGUGUAGCCCAGGGAGGACUUUGGUGGCACCUGCUGAACUACACGUGGGAUUAGAGUGUUCUCUGAGGAAUGUGCUGGGCCUGCUCUGAAAACCACACCUGCUUGUUCUCUGCUGGGAUUAAUUAAUGCUGCUUAAAAACAGCGUUAAGGGAUUGGAUGCAGUCUUGAUGUGGGGGAGACAGAAUUCAGCCUGAACUCUUCAUUUAGGAAGUACAACUUGAAAUUAACUGCUAGUUCAAACUUGAAUAUAAAUUUCACAGAACAUGAACAUUUGAAAUAUUGACUGAACAAAGCCUUAAUUUAUUAACUUUUUAUAUUUACCUAAUGUCUUCAUGUGUUUACUUGGUCUUGGAAUGGUAAGACGGUACCUUCUGUGGUUUAAAGGCAUUACCUUCAAGUGCUUACAUUUUUACUAGUAUUGUGGGGUUUUUUUUCCUGUGGUAAUAAUACUAAUAGUUAUUUUUUGUUGACUUGUACGUAUUUGGAAAUACUGUCGUAGUAUUCAGAGUUCAUUUCUAAUUAAUGCAAAUUGCCUUAAUAGAAAAAUGGAGCUCUAGACACUAAUGUAUUGUGAAAUGUUAGAACAGAAAUCUUCUUAUUUUGCUGCUAGUAUGUUUUAUUUCUGUUAAAAUAUGCAAGUGAAAUUAAAAAUGUUUCUAGAAUAAAA